AUGGGCGCCCGAGAUACGCAAGUAUUCCCUCCCCUUUUUGACGCAAAAAGAUACUGCAAGGCCCCAUCUAACACGGCAAAAUGCCAAAAAGCCCGAGACGCGCCCGACUCGAUCCCGCUGGAGGAAUUCAUGUGCAACGAAGAGUACGGGCGCCGGCCCUUUGCCAAAUCACGCAACCCGUUCACCUGCGGCCUGACCGGCAGGACUUACACGCCGGCGGAGCUGUUCCUCCGUUCCACCCACCUCGCGCGGGCCCUGGCACGCCGCACUGCCUGGGGCCCAAACGACGACCUGACGCCGUGGGACAAGGUGGUGGCGGUGUUUUCCGUCAACACGAUCGACUACAUCCUCCCGAUAUACGCCACCCACCGCCUGAACGGCAUCGCCACCGCGGCAAACGCCGUCUACACGGCAGGGGAGCUGGAGCACCAGCUCCGCAGCGCCGGCGCCGGCGUCCUUUUUACGUGCGCACAGCUGCUGGACAUUGCGCUGCAGGCGGCCGACGCGGUCGGCAUGGCGCGAGACCGCGUGUUCCUGCUGCCCACGGUCCAGGGCGCCCCCGAGACACCAUUCCCCACCGUCGAGGAGCUCAUCGACGAGGGGAGAGGCCUGGCGCCGCUGGAGCCGCUGAGGUGGGUCAGCGGUCAAGGGAAAAGACAAGUGGCUUUCAUCACCUACAGCAGCGGGACGUCGGGCCUCCCAAAGGCCGUCUUGAUAUCGCACCACAACGUGAUCUCCAACGUUGUGGCGCACGUCGCCUAUGAUUCUGUCGGUCGGAGGAUCCACGGGAUCGAGACCGAAGUCGAGCUCGGCCUCGUGCCCAUGAGCCAUACCUACGGGCUUUUGGUGGUCUCGCACACGGCGACCUGGCGCGGCGACGAGGUUAUUGUUUUGCCCAAGUUUGAGAUAAAAUCCUACCUGGACGCGAUCCAAACCUUUCGGAUUCAGCGGUUGCUGGUUGUGCCGCCGAUAAUCGUUGCUAUGCUGCACCGACGCGAGCUGUGCGCCCAGUACGACUUAUCGAGUGUGCGUUUUGUGUUUUGCGGAGCCGCUCCUCUCGGCCAGGAAACGGUUGUCCGUCUGGCCAGAGAAUAUCCAGCCUGGACGGUAGGCCAAGCCUACGGCAUGACGGAAGCCGCCGUUAUUGUCACCAAUACGAGUGAGCACGACGUGCUGAACGGCUCGUCUGGGUCUUUACUGCCGGGAACCCGUGCCAAAAUUAUUGAUCCUUUAACCAGGGAGGAAAUCACCUCGUACAAUAGUCCGGGUGAACUUUGGAUUCAGGCGACGGCAGAAACAUUUGUUUACGACUCCGACGGGCGUUGGUUGAGAUCCGGUGACGAAGUAUGCAUGGCGAUUUCACCCCAGGGAUACGAACACCUUUUCGUCAUCGACCGCAUCAAAGAGCUCAUCAAGGUCAAAGGCCAGCAGGUUGCGCCGGCUGAGCUGGAAGCGCACAUCUUGACACACCCUGCCGUCGCCGACGUCGCCGUCACCCAAACAUCCGACCCGUGGGCGGGUGAAGUACCCAAGGCCUUUGUCGUAGUCGAGGCGCCAGAGUAUAAAGACUUGCCGCCCGGUGAAAUCGAGAACAUGGUUGUCGGGUACGUGGCUGAGCACAAGGCUCCGUAUAAGUGGAUCAAGGGCGGCGUGGAAAUUGUUGAUACUAUCCCCAAAAGUCCGAGCGGGAAGAUUUUAAGGAGGCUGUUGAGGGACCGAGAAAGGACAAAGGCUGGGUCGGAAGGAGGGAAAAAAAGUUUCAGGCCCGAGAUCCAAUGGCCGAAAUGA